AUGGCCGUCGUUUCUGGUCUACAGCAGAUGAUCAACCGAAACGUUCGCUUAUACUUUGCCACCAGUGACUUCAGAGGUAUCAUGGCAAAGAAGCGGCUUAUCUGGUCUCGCCGAUUUGGCGAAACGGCCUCCGUGAUCGUACGAACUUACGAUGUCAUUGUCCCCAGGUUCCCAUACCAUAAUUUAUUUCAAAAUAGCGACCUUGCCGACAAAAUCAUCCGUGAUUUAUUGGACUCCAAUAGACAGAUGUUUCCAAACACCAACAUUCCUUACAUUCAUACCAUCCAGUGGCUCCCAGAAACAGAAGAAAACGGGACAGCGUCACUUGUUAUCAGCUCUUAUAGCGCAGUUCACGCCAAUAAUGCCAUAAGUUCGGGGAUUCACCGCCAAGUAACCCCAUCAACCGUGGAACGAUUCGACUACUUCCGAUACAACAACCCUACGGGGCUCAUUCAAUGCUCUGCCUGCUGGCGGUAUAGCCACACGGAAUUUGAUGGUGAAGAAUCACGGUGCUGUGUUUACGGCGGAGGUUCCCAUGAUGGCUCGAGCCAUAGCCAGUUGGAUCGUAAAAAUCCCACAUGUGUUCUAUGUGCUGGCGCGCACAAAGCCAACUCCGUUGACUGCCCUGUGCCCCAACGUGCUCAGCAACAGAGCGAUACAGGGUUCCAAAAUCGAUCUCUGUUUCAUGCAGAGGAGUGA